AUGGAGGGCUCGCACAACCAAGUGAGGCGAGCUCAGACUUCUCUAAACCAAGACUCUCAGUCAACAAGCUACCAGGUCAAUGUUAAGCGCAACAAGACACGAAAAUGGGUUGAGGCCAAGGUCCAAAACUAUGACGGCGACGACUGGGGAGCUGACGAGUACGACGAAGAGUCUGAUCACGACGAGUCGGCCACGCCUCCGCCCAUCAACCCCUCGCUGCGCACCUUUACCGGCACCGACCUGCUACACUCUCGCCACAACACGCCCAGCCCGGCCUCGAGCUUGAGUGCGCUGCCGUCGCUGCGAUCCCAGGUUCCGCAGCCUCCCGCCGUGCCACCCAGCGAGUCUCCGCGCAUUGCAGUGGCGUCGCCUGAUGUGUCGGACCUAUCGAUCCGCAGCGCCUCGGACUCGAUUGCCAACGACCAUGUGGUAUCACCCCAGUCUGUGCCGGCGCGCGACGACGGCAACGGCAGCAAUCAGUCGUUGGCCGGCAUAGCUCAGCUGCCCUCGCAGGCCCAACAGCUUCAGCAAGGCCCAAGCGGCUUCAACGUGUCGCGCACUUCCAGCUUUGAACAGGCCGUGAAGCCCUCGUCCACUCCUCCCGUUGCUGGUGAUCGUUUCAUGACGCCGCCGCAGAAUCCCGCCACAUCCCCACCGCCCGCAGACCAACCGCCUCCCGUCAUCUAUUCCCCCGAUAACUACAGUCGUCUUGCGGACGAUAGUGAAGACCAGGCGGCUUUAGCGCUUGCUCCGACUGCCACCGCUGGAAGCGAUCAAGGUGCAUUUGUGCCGGCACCUUUGGCUAGAGAAGAUACACGUGAUACCUGGGAAAGAGACGAGGAGCCUUCAUCUUAUGCUGACCAGCCCGGCGGCCUGGGAAUCCAUCCAGACGUUGUUGAGUCUCAAAUUGACCGUGGGCGAAUGUCUGUCAGCCCCAAGCUGCCGGACCUUUCACGUAUGUCUGCCUUUGGAACAGACCUCUUCUCAUCGUCUACGAGCAACAAUAUUCCAAAAGAACCCGUUAUUAAUGAAGUGCGCGGGGAUACAGGUGAAGAACCGACUGCCAGCUCAGCAGCUGCCCUUCCAGCCAUUGACUACAAUCAAACCAGUCUAUCGGCUGAAGGCCAAGACCAUUCAGAGAUAGCGGGCGGUGCGCCUUUCUCUCAAUCCGCCGAUCUAUUUCCCGGCAGAAAUAUUCCUUCUGUCCCCCCUUUGCGAACGCCUAGCCCCCACGAGCCACGAACCGCCGGUCCCAUGUUUGACUCACAAGGCACGAAAAUCACUCCUACAGAGCCUCUUCAGCCGGGCAGGACAGCAUCUUUGGCAGAGGUUGAGAAUCCUCAGCUGUUCCAAACAAUGCAGGCUUACAGCGCCAGCACAUCGUCUCCCGUUAAAGAUAGCCCCCUGAAAGAGAACGACGUGCUUAGUGAUGAGAUCAUGCGGACUCUCAGCCCUUCGGGUGUAAUUGCUGCUGAAGCCAAGCCCUUUAGCGAUGGCCCUCAGCUGCAUCCAGCGGGAGAUGGAAGUGCCGUCAGAGAGAGCAGCUACACUCUUGGAGAUUACGAUAGCUACUGGGCAGAUGCUGCAGGAAGCGUAGAUGAGGCGCCGGCACCGCCAUCUGAGACUCUCGCCACUCCACAGCCGCCUCAGCAAUCGGCACAGGAACAGCAGCAAGGAGAGGGAGCAGAGGAAUCACUGGAGCCUCAUUCUUCACUCAGACGGAGGUUUUCUUGGGAGGACGAGCAGCGCACUCCAACCAACCAGGCGCAGACUCCCACUCCCCUUGCAGCCCCGCCAACAGACGAUGGAUCUUCUGCUCCUGCGCUUCACCUUACUGCGCCGUCUGGCCAGCAACUUGAGCCAUCCGUGACGAACCUGAGUAACGAGUCUCGUAGCCAUAGCCCUGUAUCCCAGCUGUCGCAGGCACUGCCGGCGGGAUCGGGCGUGGGUGCACCGCUGUCGCUUCAGACAUCCCUCCCGGGGCAGGACUCGUCACUUCCAGAGCCUCCCUCUCCGGUGUCUGUGUCUGUCCUCAGUGACAAGCCUUCUACCACGGCCCAUGAACAGGCGCGCCAAUCCAUUGUGGAUGAAAAGCCUUUGGCGGACCGGGGAUCCGUCAGUCUGGAGACGGGAACUCCACCUCCUGCAGAAUCUCACCCGGCCGUAUCUUCACCGACUUCUGCAGCGUCGGUACCCGCUCCACAGACCCCUGUUCACAAUGCGGCACUCCUCCAGGCCAAAGCAAUGAAUUUCAAGGACAUCAUGGCAUUGUCGACGCCUGUGGAGAGGAUAGGCAAGUAUGGCGAAGCGCGCCAGAUCUUGGCUGCCAGAGACUCUGGCCUGGACACUUGGCUGGUGCACAUGACGGCCGAGCAUCCCGAUCUCCCGGCCUCCAAGUCUGUUCCGGGCCUGACGUCUCCGUUGACUAACAAUGCUGCUCUGCCGGCGGGAUCCCAGGCCUCCGGUCAACAGCCCUAUUACCAGCAGUCGCCGAGCACAGCCGGGCCCCAGAGCGGCGGCGGAGGUGGCGGCGCUCGCUCCAGGUUGGGUGGAUUGUCGAUGCCAUCUCAGAUGUCCGGCAGCGCGCUGAGCCACUCGGGCAAAGAGAUUGGCAACAAGAGCAAGGAGUUCAUGCAUUCAGCUGGAAAGAUGGGCAAGGGACUGUUGAGCAAGGGCAAAAGCAAGCUGCGCGGAAGCGGGGACAAGGCCGAUACUACCGUUCCUCCGGACCAUCCCGUCCCCCACAAACCGCAUCGACGCUCGACAUGGCGCUUCAGCCUCGAGCCAAGACCGCAGGACGAUCCCGCCCCACAUACCAGCAGCGUCGAGAUUAAAGAGACGACUCCGCCACAGCUGCCCGACCCGUCCCCGAUCUCACCCUUGAACGCCGCAUCGGGGCCUGGAUCGGCCUUUCCGUGGGCCGUCGACAACGACAUCCAGCACCAGGACGUGUCGCCCGUCAAAGAAUCCAUCGACGACGACGAACACGUCAGACUGGGCGAAUUAGUAAUCGCCAGUUCCUUCCUGCCCGGGGCUUAUGCGUCAGCAGAGCACGAGGCAGGCGCAGGCUUCUUCCCCGCCGGCCAGCCGGGGGCGUCGGACGUGAACUUGGACAUGGUGACACCGGACGACUGGGUCAUGGUGCAACACCAAGGCGAGCAGAGCCAGGCCCAGCGAAUGUCCAUGUCGCACCGAGCAAUGGCGACGCAGGCGGCCGCGGGUCCUGGAGCUGGAGCUGGAGCUGGAGCUGGAGCUGCUGUCGGAGCUGCUGUCGGGGCUGCAGCCGGAGCUAAUGCGCCCCAACAUCAAGCCUGGCAGCCACCAACCCAAUCCCAAACUCAAAACCAGCCCCAGAGCGGCCCGGAUACGCCCCAGCGCAACUCGUCCUUCAUCGGCCUGCCGCCCAUCAGGCGAGGCUCGACGUUUGGCCCCAAGCCCAAGGCUCGACGGGCCACGGAGCGCUUCUCUCUGGACGAGGAGGAUGACGACGACAACAAUAACGCCGACGACGCCAAUGGCUGGGCUGUUGCCGGCACCGACGGCAACAAUGGCGUAGGUCCUGGCGGCUUCGACAGGCCGGUAGCAGCUUCUACAGACGCCUUGAUCAAUACGAACAAAGCCCUUCCCCCUCAGCCAAUGCAAGGGGUACCGCUGCCGACGGCAGUCAACUUUAGUCAGGGGCAGCCCCCUAAUGCGGGUCACCAGUAUCAGCAACCACAGCAGCAACAAUAUCCUGGAGGACCUCAUCCUCAAUUCGCCCAGGGCGGCCCCCAAAAUGUGCCUUCGGGAAUGCCUGCGCCGAUAUUGAGUAGCUUAGUCCAAAAACCUCCGCCAUCAGGUUGGGUACUGGAAGAAAGCCAUCUAGCUGCGCCACUUCAAGUCACCAAGAAGCGUUCUGGCACAGAUAUUGCACAGCAGUUUGCCUACAGCGCAUACGAUAAAGAGCUUGGUCUAGAAUACCCAGCUCCUCCAAUGCCUCCUACUCAGGCCCCUCUAGGGCGAUUCAGGAGCGAUGUGCCUCCGUCAUCUGCUCGGCGCUAUCCAGACUUGUUUUCUCUCUCUCCCGCGCAAGACCCGCGGCAGCAGCACGUUCGAGGCCAAGGAAUUCCCCCUCCCCAGAUGCAACAAGGCCGCCCGCCUAGAGACGGAGCAGCUGGCCCACGACAGCAACAACAACAACAACAACAACAACAACAACAACAACAGAUGCAGCAGCAGGGUGGACCAGACAGCCCCGCGAGUGGUGUGACAACUGAUGACCGUGGCCGUAGGAGGAAUUCUGGCAUAUUCAGAGACAUUGGAACACGACUUGCGAGAGCCACCUCAAGAGAACGCCGAAGCUCUGUUUCAGACGCUAGACCGCGAGGAGACGAAAUGUCCGAAGCCAGCGUGGCAACGGAAGACGCCUCGGAUCGAAAGAAAAAGCGAGCCAGCUUUUUCGGACUCGCUGGCCGCCCUAUAUCGGCAGAUCAGGCUCCUCGAAAUCAAGCUGGAGGUGUGGAGGUGCCCACUGACUCUCACGAAGAGCGGAAGCGCUCUCUGUUCAGUGGCAAGAUUGGCCCUGGUAAUUUUUCUCGCUCGUCUACCUCAAAUUCCGCGUUUGAGCAAGCUGCUGGUCCUGGUAGCGAAGCAAAUCCUCAAAAGAGGAGGAUAUCCGAUAUCGCCAAGGUAUCCGGCAUUGUUGGCCUGUUUGGUCGCUCCCGUCAAGAUCGAGAUCGGACUUCAAUGGGCCCAAUGCCCACGUCCCAACAGAGCGAUGACCAAAGACAGGUCUCUCAAGCGACGAUCCAGGCACCACCUAUGCAACUGCCGUCUUUGGACUUUGCAUCUGACCCGCUGGAUUCAAUGUCUAGCUUAGGAUUCGAGGAAUCACUCCAAGAUUACCGCCAGGAAGAGCAGCCUCCUCAGAAGCAUCUUACUGACUCUCACCUUCACUCUGCUCCUCUUGACAACUCUAUCAAUUUUCAAGCCAGAGCAGUCUCUCCGCUGUCCAAUAUUGUGAGCACCCAAGAAGAGGCAGUUCCUGCAGCGGUGGCAUCGCCUCCGAUUAAUCAAUUAGCACAAGGAAUGGGUCAGGACAAUUCUCAAGUCGGCCAAGAUCUUGCGGGCGGCGAGGGUUUGGAAGCGCCGCUUGGGCUCAAAGCCGAUUCGACGACGGACGAAAAGACUCCCAAGCUUCAGGAUUUCAUGUUCCAAGAAAAGAUGGCCGCUCUUCAACUCAAGGGAUUGGACGAUGACGUGAGCGAAGAAGAGAUUUCACGAUCACAAACAGUGUCUCCAGACAUUUCCAUAUCGUCCAACCUCAAGGCGGAGGAGCAUAUCCUGGAGCGAAAUGAGAUUUUAGUUACGCCGCCUCCUGAGGCGUCUCUUCCUGCACCUGCACCUGCUGAUUUUGAUGCUAUCAAUCAGUCUGCUGCUACAAAGGAUCUACCUCCAUCGAUCCAUUCUUUCCCAUCCGUCUCUUCGCUUCGUGAAAAGUCGGAUGCCAAGUCUGUUCAGCAGGAAGAAUUCUCUUUGCACCAAGCCAAAGAAGAGGAAGCGGCAAUUUCUCGUGAGGCCUCGCCACAGAUGACAAAGUCGGAGGUAUCUAGCAAAGCUGUAACGCCGGCGUCUGAGCACCAGCAGCUGCACUCGCCAGCUUUGGCCGUUGUGAAGCUGCCAGAGGCGCAGAAUGCCGAUCCUCUAGCCACUCUCCAGUCUCAGGUUCGGCCUGAAUCCCAGCAAAGUCCGGAGACUCAACAGAGAUCCGAGCCUCAGCAAGGACCUGAGCCUCAACAGGGAUCUGAAACUCAGCAGCGACCUAUAUCUCAGCAACGACUUGAGUCUGAGCAACAGCUUAUAUCUCAGCAGCGGCCGACAUCUCAGCAGCGACUUGAACCUGAGCAACGUCCCGAGCCUCAACAACGACCCGAAUCUCAGCAACGGCCUAUAAUUCAGCAGCGGCUUCCACUGGCAUCAAACCAGAGACAGCAAUUUCAGGAUUUCUCUCAGCUAUCAACUGUUCCCAUUGAUAAAAACCAACCAGCGCUGCAGCAGCGGUCUCAAUAUCCGCCCUCCGUGAGCGUUUCCAAUGCCUCUGUCGCUUCAGAGGCGUCGACCCCAGUCUACAGCCACCGGCAAUCUGGAUCACAAAAUCUCUUCUCAGGACUUCCUGUUCUAUCUGGGCGAGCAUUUACUCAACCCCCAGAUGGUUCACCUCAACAGAAAGAAAACCAGGGAUCGCGAUGGAAGGGAUUUAGGAACCGAGUGACGGAGCAAAUUUCCCAAAAGGCGCAGCCGCAGCAACAGCAGCCGCCUCAGUUGCAGCAGCAACAGAGCCAGGGCAAGACUCCAGUGGGAGAGAAGAUCAAGGCCAAUAAGCUGCUGGGAGCUCUCAGACGAACCUCGAAGCAGCAAGAGCUUGUCCAAACUCAAGGCCCCGAGCCGUCUCCCAGCGCUAGACAGCUUCCACACCCGAACCCAAACCCACAGCCUCGUCCGCAGGGAUAUCAGCCGCAGCCUGGACAAGUGCAGAGGCAGGGGCAGGGGCAACGGCCUGUUGUAAAUCAAUACUCGCAGCCGUCUAUGCAACAACCUAUGCAGCAACCUAUGCAGCCACCCAAUCUUCCCCGAGCAAAGACUAUGCCCCCUGGGGCUCUGCAGCAACAGGGCGCGCCGCCGCAAGGCCAAACUCGUUCAUCAGAGCCGCGUUAUGAAAGCGUCCCGAUUCCCAGAGGCUAUGCAGCGGUGCACGGCGAGGGUAGAAUCGUGCUGUCACCAUAUCAACCAAAUCCUCGUCAACAGAUGUCACAUGGUCAGUUUGCUCCUGUACCAUCACACAUGCAGCAGCAGCAGCCGCAGCCGCAGCAUCUGCAUCUUCACCCUCAACAACAUCCGCAACAACAUCCGCAACAACAUCCGCAACAACAUCCGCAACGACAAUGGCAGGGAGCUCACCCUCCACCCAUGAGUUAUCAGCAUCAGCAUCAUCAGCCUCAGCCGGCCCAAUAUCACGGAGCCCAGCAGUCACCUCCAAUGGUUCAAGGCCCGGUUUCGGCACCUUUGCCUCAUGAGAGAUCUUUGCAUAUGAGAUUUCCAUCCGAUCCUCGAUCUGACUACUUUAACUCUCAGAGCCCCAGCUCGCUGAAUGCGCAGCACAAUAGGCAUCAUUCUCAAAGCAGCCAGAAUAGCAGAGCUGGACUGCCGCGACCAUCCAGUGAUUUGGGUGGCAAUCUGGCAAAAUCGCAAUCGGCCAGCCCGAAGCCGUCUGAAAGAGAAAACCUACCUGUCGCGAAUGGUCUCCGAUCUGCCUCACGAAGUCCAGCUGUGUCGGUUGGGGCCGAUCAGAAGCCAAAUUUGAAUGAAACAAAAUCAGACAAGGCUGACGAAUCGACUCGAGCUUCAAGCCUCGGCAUCGAUAUAGAAAAGGCUCAACAGCUGGAAGAGGACGAUCUUUAUUCUGCUACGCCUAGAAAGCUGGAGGAUGGCGUGCAACCCACUGUAUCUCGAACCAUGUCGAACGAGCAGGCAGAAACUUCGACAGCUGGAGCCGCACAGACAAACGUGAAGCGAUCUAAUACUGUGGUGGCUGAAUUAGAGGACACCGAAGAAGCACGCAAGCGAGCCAUUAGACUGGCAUCACAAGAGGAGAAGAUAUUCUACGAGCCGGAGGACGAGACGCCCAAAAUGAGUGCGACUAGCUAUCCCGGUCAAGAAUGGAACCCAUUUGGCGAGCAAGAAUUUGCAGACUGGAGAGAAGAAUGA